AUGGUGUUCAUGAAGAAACAGAUUCAUCUGUUGUGCAGCAAGAAGAAGUCCGGCUCUUUUGAGCUUCUGAGAAAAGCUGCCAAGUAUGCUGUUGGGGUCGAAGUGCUGAUUCAUGUAUGGAAUAAGAAGAGCGGUGAUAAUGGCGACGGGUCAGUUAUCAUGAACUAUAUUUUUCCUUCUGUGCAUGAUAAUAGGAGUCCCUCUAUUGUUGGCCAUAUUGCAGCCGAGGCUGGUGAAGGGAAUAGGGUUCUGGAGAAGUGGAGUGAGAAGUUGGGGAUUGAGGGUUUUCGAGCUGCUGAUAUAUCAGCUGGAUUGGGUGAUUUGUUUGUUGUUAAGGAAGAAGGCGAGCUUGUCUGUGUUAAGAGGGCGGCUUAUUUGUCUGCGAAAGUGAUGAACAAUGUUGUAGUUCCCCAGCUUCAGAAGGUCAUUGAUCACAAUGAGAAGAAGAAAGAUGUAGAUAGGACGGUUCUAGAUGAGAUUGAGGAGGCCAUAUUGCAGCCUUCUGUUAAAGCCGGUGUGAUGCUCAAGUCUCGAAAUGUUGAUGCUUGCUGCCAUCCAUAUUUUCAGAGCUACCGCGCAAAUGAUGAGUUGACGCACUAUGAUUCUGGUGAUGUGAUAAAAUGUUCGGUUGGAUCCCGGUACAAGGGUUACUGCUCGUAUGUGGCUAGGUCUUUCUUGGUUGAUCCUAAUCCUUGUCAGACUAGAGCUUAUGAGGUCAUUCUCAAGGCACAAGAAGCUGUCAUUGCUGCCUUGAGACCUGGCAGCCGAGUUGGUGCAGCAUAUGUGGCUGCUUCUUCCUUAAUUGGUUUGGAGGCUCCUUAUUUGGUCAAGCACUUGACAAAAUCUGUUGGGACAGGGAUUGGUCUGGAAUUUCAGGAAUCAGUGCUGGAUCUGAAUGGAACGAAUGAUCGGUUGGUGAAAGCUGGGAUGGUUUUCAACGUCUGUCUUGGUCUCGAAAAUCUGAAAGGAGCAGGUCAGAACAGCUUCUCAUUGCUGCUUGCUGAUACGGUUGUUGUUUGUGCUGAAGGGGCCGCAGUGGUAACCCAAUCAUGUUCUAAUGCUGUUAAAGAUGUAACUUAUACACUAAGUGAAGAUAGCGACCAUGACAAUAGAGGAGGAGGGGGAGAAAAGGAGGAGGAGAAGGAGUCGUCUCUGAUCAUGCCUGAGAAGGAAUCGAAUUGGAGGCAACAUCUAGCUGAGGCUCUGGCUCCUAGGAAGGCUGUGUCUCCUCCUAAGAAAUUGAAGCUGCUGAGCAGGCCACUGAGAUCGCCUGGUCUUUGGAUUUGCCACCCUCAUUUUGGUGGGGUUGGAAGGAAGCGGGCUGGAGCUCUAGAAGCUCAUGCCAAUGGUUUUCGUUACGUCGAUCAAUGGCCAGAAAAUACAGAUGCUAAUAGAGAUGAUAUCAGAGAUGGUAGCUCAGAUGAUAGCUCAUAUGGUAGUACAGAUGAUAGUACAGAUGAUGAUACAGAUGAUGACGCAGAUGAUGAUGCUAAUACAGGUGGUGAGGAGGAGGAGGAGGAGGAGGAGGAGGGAGGAUUUCCUGAUAUUAUGUUUGCCAACAUCAAACUUGCCUUCUACUACCAUACAGAAUCACCGUAUGGGCUAAUGAUGCACUUCUGUCUCUACAACCAGAUAGAGGUUGGUAAUAAAAUGACCAAGGAUGUUCAGUUCUACGUUGAAGUGGUUGAUGAGAAGCGAGUGUUUCGUGGAGAAGAGGACGGGAAAGCACCAAGGGGCCCCAAAUUUUUACGGGAAUGGAUGAAAUUUGUGAGGCAUUUGAAUACGUCAUACUCGGGAAUUCAGAUUGAGGUGCUCAAUCCUUCUCUUCGUUUCGAAGGGAUGCUGCGAGAGAGUGAGUCUCCGUCAGUCUUCACGGAAGCUGGGUUUAACCUUGUCGAGAUGACUUCGCUGCCAUUCCUGGUUGUCAAAUGUGAAGAUAUUAAGAUGGUGAAAUUCGAACGGUUUGAUGUGGAGGAGAAACAGCAGAAGGAUUUUGAUGUGGUGAUUGUGUUAAAGGGCUUGAACAAAGACGAGUUGCGAAUCGAGUCGAUCUCUUACACUUCACUCGAUGUCGUCAAGGAGUUACUACGUGAGCAUCAAGUUAGGGUGAACUUGGGAGGAGGAGGAGAGGCUGGAGAAGCGGGAGAAGUGGGAGAUGGAAGCAAGGGAUGCUAA